AUGUCGUCAAUCACGUUAACAAAAGAAUCGCACAAGAAUCCAUCAAAUUUUAGAAUCAAGUUGAAGGAUAGCACUGCUCAGUUGACCGGUGAUGUUGAUGUCAACUCCAACGAUAAAUUGCCAACAAUCCAUACCCACUCCAAGGUUGCAAUCAUUGGAGCAGGAUUCUCAGGUUUGGGUUCUGCCAUCAAAACAUUGCAAACGCUCAAGGAGCAAGAUGUUGCUAUUCUUGAAAUGCGUGAUAAUUUUGGUGGUGUUUGGUAUGCAAAUACGUACCCCGGUUGUGCUUCUGAUAUUCCCGCUAUUUGGUAUUCGUUUUCCUUUGCUUUAACUUCAAAUUGGAGUCGAGUCCAACCACCACAAUACGAAAUGGAAGAAUACAUUUUGAGAGUCGCUGAACAGUACAAGUUGAAGGAGAAAACUAGGUUCAAUACUUUUGUUGAUGAUUGUAUUUUCAACGAAGAAACUGGGUUGUGGACCUUGUACUCUCAUGAUGUCAAAACUGGUCAAAAGAUUGAACACACUGCCAACAUUCUUUUGUCAUGUAGGGGUCAUUUGGUUUACCCAAUCCAUUUGAAAGAACCAGGCUUGGAGAAUUUCAAAGGAAAAUAUAUGCAUUCAGCGCUUUGGGACCAUUCAGUUGAUUUUAAAGGCAAGAACGUUGUUGUUUUCGGUAAUGGUUGUUCAGCCAAUCAAGUUAUUCCGGCCUUGUUGAACGAUCAAAAAUAUAACCCGGCCUCAAUCACUCAAAUUGUUAGAUCAAAACAUUAUGUCAUGCCUCCAGUGCCAAAAAUUCUCCUUAUCCUUUACCGUAUUCUCAGUUUUAACUUCUUUGGUUUGAAAUUGGUGCGUUGGUUGAUUGUUGUUAUUGCCGAGUCAAGAUUCCCAUUGUUUAGAGGCGAAGGUCCAAUUGCCAGACUUGUUCGUUGGGUUAAUAGGAAAAUGGCUGUUAGUCACAUGAAGCACGCACCGAAAAAGUACUGGGAUAUUCUUAUUCCAGAUUUCAAAGUUGGUUGCAAAAGAUUGAUUUUUGAUUACGGAUACAUUCAAGCAUUGAACAACCCUAGAAUUGAGCUCACUAAUGAACGUGUUGACAAAGUUGUUGAAAAUGGGCUUUACUUGAAGGACGGUAGAUUUAUCAAGGCUGAUAUCAUAAUUGCUUGUACUGGUUACAAUACCAGAAAGACUUUUGACCAACCAAUCAAAACUAAGAAGGGUGCUUCUUUGCAAAAGAUUUGGAACACUGAAGGUGUUGGUGCUUACCGUACAAUGAUGGUUAAAAACAUUCCCAACUUUUUCUUAAUUGGUGGUCCUAACACCGCCACUGGCCACGCUUCCGUUAUCAUGGCAGCCGAACAUGGUAUUGACUACUACAUGAAAGUUGCCAAGCCAGUUAUUCAAGGUAAAGAAAAAUCGGUUGAAUGUAAACCUGAGGCCUAUGACAGCUGGUUUAAAUUAAUCCAAGACCAAUUGGCCAAGAGUGUGUUUGGUACUGCAUUUGGUGGAUGUGCUUCAUGGUACAGAAGUGAUCAAUCCAACUUUAUCACGUAUCCAUUCAGUCAGAUCCAUUAUUGGUACAUUACUCACUUCCCCAACUAUAGGGAAUUGACUUACAAGCACAAUAAUAAAAAGACAGCAUGA